UUCACUGGCGCUGAAGAGUCCACUCCUUUCUUUCAGUUCUCAGACUAGAGCUGAGGAGACAUUGACAGCCCUGUCGUCUUCGCUUUUGGCAACAUUUGAAUUGUCUUAUUUCCUGAGCGCAGUUGUGAGGUGAUGUGGAGUGUGCAGAGACUGAUGAACGAGCCUCGAUGUAAACUGUGUGACAACUAUCUACACAACACACCAACAACACCGACGGAAAGAUGCAGAUGUGACGACGCUUCUGCUGUAACACAUGCAAUUUAAGGAUUGUAAUGUGAGUCCAGGUGCAGUCCCGUAAUUUUAUGCUGGUGGAGAGGAGUGAAAUGCUUCACUCGGCUGCCAUGACAACAGGACUUAUCUUUGUUACUUGGCUCUUGUAUACAAGCGCACGAGGCAAUCCCAUUGUGUCGGUGCCGGAGGGUGGGGAGAAAGAGCGUUUGGAGCGCGUUCUGACCCAGGCCAAGGAGGGUGCGCUAAGCCCCAGUGCAAGGCAGCGUUUGGAGGAGCUGAGUAAUCUUGAAUUGGAGGGGAUCAAGGGCGUGAACAGAUCCAGUGCUAUCAGGGCCCGACCCAACUCGAGCCCCUUGAGACGAGGGUCCAAACUGCAGGGUAAGACCCUCGAAGCCUGGAGUGAGCAAGAAUCACUCAAGCAAACUGAAGAGGCUCCUACGGAAGAGGCCAACGUCUCCCUCGAUGCGACCGAUGAGUACGCGUAUCCCGAUUACAGGGGUAAGGGCUGCAUGGAUGAGACAGGGUUUGUGUUCGCCAUCGGGGAGAAAUUCACCCCGGGACCCUCCACCUGCCCCUGCUUGUGUACAGAUGAAGGUCCCCUGUGCGCCCAACCAGAGUGUCCAAAACUUCAUCCACGGUGCCUGCGUGUUGACACCAGCCAGUGCUGCCCGCAGUGCAAAGAGAAGAAAAACUACUGUGAAUUUCGAGGAAAGGUCUACUCAUCUCUGGAGGAGUUUAAGGUGUCUCCCUGCGAGAAGUGCCGUUGUGAGGCCAGUGGAGAGGUUCUUUGUUCUGUGUCCGCUUGCCCGCAGACAGAGUGUGUUGAUCCAGAAUAUGAGCCUGAGCAGUGCUGCCCGGUGUGUAAGAGCGGGCCGAACUGCUACGCGGACACGGCGGUGAUCCCGGCCGGCCGAGAGGUGAAGAUUGACGAAUGCACCAUCUGCUACUGCACGUACGAGGAGGGCACCUGGCGUAUCGAGCGGCAGGCCACCUGCAGCAAGAACGAGUGCCAGCCGAGCUAAGGCGGCGACGGGGGGCUCGAGACCCUCAGCCUUCACCCGGACAGCUGUGGAUCUGGAUCACCCGUCCCAGCUGUGGUCUGUACGGGCUCAGCACGCCAGCCCUGAGCCUCACACGCAGCCAAGACACCAGCACCGCGUGGCGUAACAUCAAUCACGGUCAUUUGUGACCGUUCAUGACUAUGAACUCAGAGUGUCCCGUAGCAUGCAGCGGACAGGCCAAUUAACCUGGGAGUGCGAAGCGCUACAUUCCUCUCGCUACGACGGAGCCUCUGAGUUGGCAUAGCGUCAUGACG